GGCCGCGAACCGUGAUUUAGCUAGAUCCACCCGUUCCGCGGCUUGACCCCUGGAACCUGGAACUGCUCGACCUCCACUCAUCAAUCUUCAUGGGAGCGUGUGCGCUUCUCCGCUGCCAGGCAUUGUUUUCUCUCCAUUCCUUUCCCAGACCCGAAACUUCAUGGGCAUACACACUCAAGGCCAACUCCCCAGAAUCUCAGUUUUGUCCUAGAGGUCCUGGACAGCCUCGUAUUUCCUUUCGUCGUUCGUCUAUACGCGUUUUGCUUCGCUCGUUCCUUUUGCGGCUCAGGUUUCGCCCGCCGCGACUUUUCGGGUUGAUGUGCUACGAGAGGAAGAGAAUCAACACGAGACCGUGCAACACGCUCAUUUAUCGGCGACUGCAUUCCACCGACAUUCCCAUUCCAAGUCCUCCUAGACUCUCGAUCGAACGGUUCUUCCUACCACAAACAUACGAGCGACUCAGCGCCCCUUUUCGCGACUGCGGCUGCUUCUGGGUAAUCACACUGCGGGGGGUGUCCCGCAUCACCGUGACAGGUCUGACUCGCGACCGUGUCCGUUCCGGCCCAGUUUCCUCAGCUGUCCAGGUCCUCUCCACCAAACCGCCUCAUCUGGACCGUAUUUGAACGAACUCUUGGUCACAGCUUCGACGGACGUGGUGGAUCCCAGUGACGCAGGCCUCGAGCCUUGGUGUAUCACCGCUGGUAA